GUUCCACAUAUGGAUGAUGGCAGCCAACUUUUAAAAGCUUUGAAUGUUCUGAUGCUAAAGAUUCUGGAUAAUGCAGAUCGAACUUCAUCCUUUGUUGUUCUCAUCAAUCUCUUACGUCCAUUAGAUCCUUCAAGGUGGCCCUUACCUGCAUCAAAUGAGACAUUUGCUGUCAGAAAUGAGAAGUUCUCUGAUCUGGUUGUUAAAUGUUUGAUAAAACUUACAAAGGAAGGCAAUGUUGCCAACCAGAGGGAACAUCUAAUUCUUCUCCUUGCCAAUAUUCACAUUCAGAAAGCUAAUAAGCAGUCUGUCUUGAAGUAUAGUUUAGUUACAAGUAAUUUAGUUGCUGCUGUUGACAAUUUGUGGUAUCUAAAAGAUGGAAUACACACUGUAGUCUUGAAAAAACUUUCAGAAAAUGACUUAUCUCAGUUUUUGGUGGAUCCUACUCCAUUUUCUAGGAUCUUGCAGGAAAAGGACACCAAGUGA